UCCCCUGGCUGGCAGCGCGGAGGCCGCAGGAUGCCUGGAGUUCCUGUAAAAGACGUGAACCAGCAGGAGUUCAUCAGAGCUCUGGCAGCCUUUCUCAAAAAAAAACUGAAAGUCCCUGAAUGGGUGGACACUGUCAAGCUGGCCAAGCAUAAAGAACUUACUUCCUACGAUGAGAACUGGUUUUACACACGAGCUGCUUCCACAGCACAGCACCUGUACCUCUGGGGUGGUGCUGGGGUUGGCUCCAUGGCCAAGAUCUUUGGGGGAAGGCAGAGAAACGGGGUCAUGCCAAGCCACUUCAGCCAAGGCUGCAAGAGUGUGGUCCUCCGAGUCCUUCAAGCCCUGGAGGGGCUAAAAAUGGUGGAAAAGGACCAAGAUGGGGGCCGCAAACUGACAUCUCAGGGACAGAGAGAUCUGGACAGAAUCGCCAGGUAG